ACAACUCUUUUUUCUUACACAAAAUGUGUCGAAGCCGACUUCAGUUGACGCUUGCAAUUCUAAAACCAGACCUUAUGAUGCACCCAGUAAGAACUAAGGUAGGUUCACCGCCUCGAGGGUUUGAUGUCGUUAUCUUGUUUGGUUGUACUCGGGGUGUUCCCGAGAAGAAAUAAUGAGGGCUCCACUGGAAAAAUAGAUCGAGGAUAACCACCCACAACGGAUGGAGAAUAACUAGACAGCGAAAAAACCGCUGAAUUCAGCUAAAAGGAUGAACGUCAGAUAGUAAUCGGGUUGACAAGAUUGUUCAAGAUUGUAAGAUAGGGAACUGACUGGACUUUGAAUUUGUUUAGGAAUAAGGAAGAAUAAUGUCCACAAAACCAAAGAGGUGCUAGACUGGGUGAUCGUUUGUUUACUUAUUCCUAUGUAAUUCCAAGUGAAUCUUUAAUCCUCUAACCACGGAAUAUUCAGGGUGGAUUUGGAUUUAAGAAGUUUUGAUGCAAAGUUUAUUUAAUUUGAAUUAAAUAGCGUUUGGAAUCUUUGGUUGAGUACUCAUAACUCAUAGUUAAAGAAGAUACUAAUGAUCUGCAUUUCUGUAUUCUGACUUUUUGCCAUAAGUUUUGGAUAUGUUAUGGAGGCCAUUUUUGGCAUCACAAAAUGAUUUCAAAAUUUGAUGACUGUUCCUAAAAGCCUAGGGUUAAGCUGAGGAUUUAGCAUUUUUUGUUUUUACCACCCAUGACAGGAGGUAAAGAACAUCAUAAAGAACAGUGGAUUUCUUGUAAUCCAAUCCAAAGUUACCUCUCUCAGUCUUCAAGAUGCAGAGAAGUUUUAUGAGGAGCAUAGGGGUGAGCAGUUCUCAUGUUCUUUAUUGUAAUUGUAUUGUAUUGAAUAUUCAUUAAGAUUAGGUUAAAAGCACCCUGCGAAGCUGUAAAGUACAUAAUCCAAAACAGUUGUGGGGUUAGACAAUUUAUGGGGUCUAGUUUGGUUUGAAAACAUUGGCGACAAAUUUUUGUCGAGAUUUCUUGAAGACUGACACAGAACUUUCAUUUUUAGUCUCCAUUGUGGUAGUCUAGAAGCAGUCUGUCCUUUUCUGCAAAGUCUGUCAUGGGAAAAGGAGGAACUGCUCAUAGUCUACCAUUCUAGCCAGUCUCUGAGAUAGCAAUUUGCAUCAUACCCUAAAGAACUGCUGCAAUGGAGACUAGCCUGAUGUUUGCACUUACAAGGGUAGCACUAUCAGGUAGUUCAUUAGUAACUCUUAGAUAAAUAGACAUUAUGAUAUUAUAGAUAUUUUAGGACCCCUUUCCAAAAUUUAGUCAAUUUACAGGUAAGUUUUGUGGGGGAAGUCUUGAGAAAAGGUGUUCAUGAAGCAAAUGGAGUAAAGUUGUUGUUUUGUUAUUUCCUCAGAGCGGUUUUUCUUCAGUAGGUUAACUGGAUACAUGAGCAGGUAAUUGAUGUAUUUACCAAGUAAGCUAUCUAUCAGUAUCUAUGCAAAAGAGUCCUUCCUUGUAUUGAAAAAAAAUUGGAGUCUGUAAGCACCUUCCACCUCUUUUUCUUUGAAAUAAAUAGAAAUAUUGUGUACAAAUCUUUUUUCAAUGCAAAAUAAAUUUGUAGGAAUUCCUUAUGCAAGAAAAUAAAGGACACAUGUCUUCUUAUAAGACGUUGAUAUUUCCAUUUUAAAUCUUAGAGUUGAUUAACAUGGAACUUCUCAUGACAAUAUCAAUAUAUGAUCCAGCAAAAGGGUGAUGAGCAUAGGGACAUUAAUCCUCCACCAAUGUUACUCCAAAGUCUCUUCACUAUUUUACAAGGAAAUGUAUAGAAAUUUGAGGAGAGAAUUGAUUAAGAGAUCAUUGAGUCAAAUAUUUGAUUAAAAAAAAUAAAUCACUGCUUCAGUAAAGCGUUCCAAACAAAGACCUCUCUCUCCCCAAUACUGCAAAAUAUACCAGCCAACAGUGACAUUAAUUUAUUCUGUGUUUAAACAUCACAAGUCUUAAAUAAGAAGGAUGAUAAUUGUUUUUAGUAAAUAACUAGAGUAUCAGAGCAUGGAAUCCGAAAGUGUGGAUGUUUGAUUCCUCGUGUGGGACUUAUGGAUUUUUUAGUGUCCUCCCCAUAUGGUGAAACAAAUAAUAUAUUUUUUUUACUCUUAAUCAAACCUAAAAAAGCGUCUGAGUUUUUCCCCUAAGUUUUUUGAGCUUGAGCUCUUUAAACUGAAGCUGUGUAUUCAAACAAACCAUUAGUCAUUGUGAAUAACGUUUCUCCUUCUUCUCUCAGUGGCCCAAUGACAGCCAUGAUUCUUGCUAAAGCAAACGGUAUCGCUCACUGGCGGGAACUGAUGGGUCCCACCAAGACUUACAGGUAUCAUAUGGAUUACGACGUGUUCGUUGCAUCUUAAAAAAAUUAUGGCCUUUAAGUCCUUUACUUUUACCUAACAUCCUGUUUCGAUCUUUCUCAUCCUUGGCCAUUCUUGCCCGUUCUUUGUUUGUUAUCGCCCCUUUUGUGUUUCCUUUGUUAACGAAUUGAUAUUUUGCAGUCUCCUUCAAAUUGAAGAUACAUUUGCACGUAGCGAAAAAUUACUGAAAAUAUCAUGCCCUGUAUUUUAAGUGGUGCAGUCCUGUCGCGUUUCCAGUCCAUAGUUAGGGGUGCAACGACUUUUACGCAACUACACACGUUUGCAUCUCCUAAAAUCUAAUUACCGCUUCCGUUCAAUUAAGCGCCCGACCUCGAAUAAGCGGCCACCCUGUAAAUAAGCGCCCAGCCUCGAAUAUUUUGAUUUAGCAUGUUUUUUUUGUUGGGCUCGGCCUUUGAUAAGUUCCUUACGCUUGUUUGGCGCUAUGAAAAUAGUCUGACUGAACUUUUUUCUUUCCUUCAGAGCAAGAGAUAUCGCUCCAACAAGUAUCCGAGCUUUGUACGGAAUAAGCGACACGAGGAAUGCUGCUCAUGGCUCAGGUAAAUUUCCGUUUCUUUAACUGAAGACAAAUGGGGAGAUAUUUUGUGGAAAAAGUUGCUUUCAACUCCUAAGAGCACUCUUUUAAAGAAUGAUUCCAAGAUAAGCUUAUCCUUGAUCCUGUAACUCUCUGAGGUGAUUAUUUGAUCAGUAAUUUCUUCAAACCCGUCGUCCUGUUGUUAGGCAAGUUGCUUGGGCUAUACGUUGCCCAGGGAAACAUCCCCCAAAGGCGUGGUUAAGAUGUAAAGGUAGGUGUAAAAACAACCUCGCUUCCCCAUCAAAUUUCUAGUUACCGUCCUCCCCGCCUUUCAGUGGAAAAUAUCGCUAACUUACUUUCUCCUAGUAAUGGUUUGGUUUUGUAUAGGAUAAAAAUGUUAUCGCAACGUUAACGCAUGGCUGUUGCAACAAGUAGGACUGGAAUCCACUUACUGCAAAGCUUGCGUCGAUACCAAUUUUGCGUGGUCAAUCAUAUCAUGAGGUGUUACAAUAGGAAUAUUUUUCAUGCAAAGGGUGUUGCAACGACAUUAUGUGCCAAGUUGUGGAAGCUACUGUCUUUAAUACCCUUCCCACUUCUUAGCUUCUCCUCGCCUCAGUGCACUCUUUGAUUGAUUGUCGUUUGACUUAAACCGAAGCCGUCACAGCUGGUAAUCAGAUCAAAAGAAAUAUCGCAAUAAACCAAUCAAAACUUAAAAUAAAAUGAAACAGUUGUAUCUGAUUGUUGAGAGAGUGACGCGAGUUUUCUAGACCAAUCACAGAGCACUGUGUCACGGGUUACAGGCUUUCGUGAUUGACGUUCACGGCACUAAAUAAUAUCACGUGGCUUUCUCAUAGACUCCGAUGAAUCCGCUAGAGAGAAAUCGGCUUUUUCUUUCCCACCUUUGACUGCGAAAACUGGUAUAAAACGUACGAGCCACUUUACCGCGAGAACAGACAAUCACUGGCUUGGGAUAAAGAACGUGGUAUACAUUACGUUCCUCAAUGACAAUCCUAAUGGCAGAGGACAAGUAAAGACGCGAAAUGAGAUUACAGUAUUGGCGGAGAAGAAAGAAAAAAGAAAGAAUGAAUGAAAAAAAGAAAGGAACUCUGGGUCGAAGAUUUUCCUGAAAGUAUGACACAUGAGUGUGGUGCAUCACAAAGGUGUCACAAGUUGGCGGAACUUCUCAAACUGGCAUACAAAUUAAUGUCCAAUUGGUUUUACUUAACCUACAGAUAUUUAUUUCACGAGUAUUUAUUUGCAUGUACAUAUUAAAACCAAAGCUUGAG